AUGGAUGUCAUAGGUACUACUAAGGUAGACUGUUCCUCCGAAUUUGAUAGUCUUGGUGCGUACAUUAAUUAUUGUAAGCAGCAACUAACGCCUAAAAGCAAUAAAACAGAAGCACUAGAAUUGCUGGAUAUUGGAACAUUGAAUGAGAAAAUUGACAAUAAUGUUUUUGAUCGGGAAAUACUUGAAGAUUUCGAUCAUUUAUUGAAUGUCGUGCAUAAUGAUUGUGUGACACUCGUGGGCAAUGCCCGUCCCUUAUACUCUAGGCUAUACUUAGCGAGGAGGGUAAUCGAUAAGCUAUACCUAAAUUUUGAAAGUCUGACAAAUGAUUUCAGACAAAAAGAGAUACAGCUCACAAGGCAAAUUGAAGUGCUUAAAUUACGAAACGCAACACUGAGCGAUCAGUUGAGUGCGAUAGUGAAUAAGAAUGAAACAAAUUUUAUCGCAUUAAACCGUGAAAAAGACGCUUUCAUGAAGGAAUUAGAGGCUUUAGAUAAGGAAAAGGAGGAAUUUGCUAACAACAAAGCUGAGUUGGAACAAAAGAUGAAAGAAUGGUGUUAUAGCUGCAACAUCACAGACUCAUACAUUGAUAGUCUAAUCAAACGUAUUUUGGUUAAUGGAAAUUCAAAUGAUGCAGCGGCUGUGAAUGAGUGUCUUUAUGUAAAUGACAAAAAUGCAGUGACCCAAGAAAAUAUUUGCAACAUAAAUAAAAGAUUGCAAAUUGUGGAUCUGCUAAGAAGCAUGCAAUCGCCUCAAACAAAACAUACAACUGCUGUGCCCCCUCAGAUAACACCACAGCAAGUGAUGAUGCCGCAACAAGUAUGCUACCCUUGGCCCAUAAUGCCAAUGCCAGUGUGUUGUUGCAAGAAGAAGGAGGAGGAAUGUUGUAAUCAUUGA